UUUAAUGUCAUAUUUAAAUAGAUUUACUUUAAUGAUGAUGUAUAAAUUACUAUUAUAUUUUUAAAAUUUUACCAAAAAUAUAAAUAAGCAUUAAUUACACAUAUCAUCAUUUUAUCAUGUAACAUUUAUUUAGUCAAAAUAAUUGUAGAGAUGAAAUCUGUCAAAAUCACUUUGCAAAUAAUGUCUAUUGAAUAGUUCAAGAUUUUAGCGAAAGAAAAACUAUAUGGAAUAUACAAAAUGUGAAAGAGAUCAACUUUACAGUAUAUUAAUUAUAUUUACUGAAGGUGAUGUUUUACUUAUAUGAGUUGAUUCUUUUACGUUUCGAUAUAACUACAUGACUGAUUAUUGGAAGGAAUGAUUUUAUGGAUCCGUCUAUAAAUAGAAAUAGAUUCAUUAUUGGAGAGAAAUUAAUUGGGUUUGUUAAGCUAUGAAGUCUCGGGCCCUACGACGUUACUCUCUCUAGGCCGAAGAAUAAAAAUGUUGAUCAAACAGUGGGACCAUCUAAAUAAAUAUGUUUGAGCUGGGCCCAUAAAAUCACACGUAACCUUGUAACACUGUCGAAUACAAGACGUCGGUGCUGGAAAACGGAAGAAGAGAGAAGAUACCGAAAAUGGCCCUUAUUACGCGUGGAUAAGUGGAGGCCAAAACUAAAGAAAGAAAGGAGAAGGAAAGAAGAGAUGGAGAAGAGAAAGGUAGUGAUGUGUGGUGUGUUAUCUCUUCUGGGUUUAUUAUCAGCUCUUACUGCCUUUGCUGCUGAAGCUACCAAAGUCAAGAAAUCUCAGGCCAAUGUUACCACCUCUGGUUCACUCACACGAUGCUCUUAUCACAGAAGCCCUGCUUACAAUCUAGGCUUCGCGUCAGCUGUCUUUCUAAUGAUGGCUCAGAUCAUCGCCAGCGUUGGAAGCGGUUGUUUCUGUUGUAGAAAAGGUCCUGCUCCUUCAAGAUCCAAGUGGAUCAUCUCCUUAAUCUGCUUCAUUGUCUCCUGGUUCACUUUUGUGAUAGCUUUCCUCGUGCUUCUAUCUGGAGCUGCACUAAACGAUGAACACGCCGAGGAGGCAGCGUUUCCGGAUGCCUACUUCUGCUACACUGUCGGUACUGGCGUUUUCUCUACCGGUUCUGUGCUGUCGCUUGUCACUAUUGCGCUCGGGAUUGUUUACUAUCUAUGUUUGAAUUCGAGUAACCAAAACGUUGGUGUCACAAGGACGGUGGCUAACCAAGGAGGAGGAAUAGCAAUGGGACAGCCUCAGAUUCCAGAGAGAGGAGAAGAUCCUGUCUUUGUUCAUGAAGAUACUUACAUGAGAAGACAGUUCACUUAA